AAAUUCAGUCAGUCUUCUUUUAUAAGUCGCACGAGUCAUGGCGAUUCCGUAUGGAAAAUUUCGGAAGAAACAACCGUGAUACGACACCUAAUCUCUAUUAUAUCGAACUGUCUUGCGUUUACAUCGGAACUUUUAACCAUGGAUUUUGGGACACUAUUGAGUGUCGCUCAAAAAAAUGAAGGCAGUAAGCAGCCUAUUGCGUGCUACCGAACCAAAUUUACACCACCCAAGAAAGAGAGUAAACAAUCAAAGAAUUUAUCUGAGAAUAUCAAGAAAUUUCUUGCCAGAAAAGAAGAAGAGGAGCGUCGAAAGGCUUCUGAGGAAAAAAGGAAAAAAGAGAAUCUCUUGGCCUUGCGUGAUCACAAAACUCAAAGCAGAAUAAACAAGCAUUUAAAAGUUUGCAAAUCUGCCAAUAAAUCUGUAUUGGCUGAUGCUAUCGACAAUGAAAACACUGCUGUCACUAUGGCAGGACCAUCACAACCUGAUGAGGACGAUUACGGAUACGUCUCGCAAGAGGCUUCCGCUUUUUAUAACCAGCUGAUGAAUAAAUACAACAAUCUACCUCCGGAGAAGCCAUUAUUUAGUGACAGUGGCAAAAGAACAGUGAAGGACAUAGCAUCUACAAAGGACAGAGUAAAACAAGCAUUGAAACAGAAGGAACUGGAAGACACUUUGGGUCAUCGAAGAAAAAGGAAAUCUUCCAGCUUAACUGAGAAGGAAACUGAGCCAGAUGCGAAAGAGAAAGCAUCAGGAGAUAGAGAUAGAGAUAAGGAAAAAGAAAAAGAAAAGGACAAGGAGGAAAAACCAAAAGUAAAAAAACGUCCCCCAGCUCCGCCACCAAUAGAUUUCGUCCAGCUAUUAAAACUCGCCGAAAAAAAGCAGCACGAGCCAAUAGUGUUGGAACCGAAGCCAAAGCCAAAGGUAGAGGAACCCGAGAGACUCAUGACAAAGAAACAAAUGAAAGAAUAUUUAAAAGAAAAGGAAUGGCGGGAGAGGAAGGAGCAACGGGAGAAAAAUCCUGAAAGCGCAAAGAUUCCAGCUACGGCAAAAGCGCCGCCACCACAAAGUGGGAGAAUACCGAAACUAUCGAACGGAAAGUCAUCACCGGAAAAGACAGAGAGGCCCUUAACAAAAAGCACAACUACUUCCUCCGUGAGGAAGCAAGCGGAUAAGGAAAAGUCAUCAACGCUGUCUACAUCGAACUCCAAGAGUUCGGAAAAGGAUCUCAUUCAAGAGGAAAGAAAGAAACUCGAGGCUGUGAAGAAGGAAUUGGAAGAAAUUAAAAGACGCAUCGAGGAAGAGAAUAAGAAGAAGCUCGAGUUGCAGAGUAAAAUUAAAAAGUCUGAUGCAUCUGCGCCAUCGGCAACUAAAUCUGUCAGCAAAACAACAAAGAGUAGUGACAAGCCGAUGAAUUCGUCUAAGGACGUUAAACCAAGACAAUUGCCUCCAGCAGACGUGAAACCAAGACCAUUCCCUCCACAGGAUAUAAAGCGACAAGUUUCAUCAUCGCAGGACGUGAAACCUCGACACUUCCCACCGCAAGAUGUCAAGCCAAAGUCGUUGCCAGCCAAUGGAAAAACGCGACAAUUUCCGCCUGGUGACAUCAGGCCCGUCAAACGACCAUUGUCGCACAAAGACGCACGAAGGGGUGGACCAGUGCACAAACGUCGCAUUCAUGACGACGAAGACGAGUACGAUUCUGAACUCGAUGACUUUAUUGAUGACGGACCGGAAGAAGGUGCUGAGGACUAUAGUAAAUAUAUUAGUGAGAUAUUUGGUUAUGACAAGAGUAAAUACAGAGAUUACGAGGAUGACGAUGACGCCAUGGAGAGUAAUUUUGCUCAACAAUUAAAGGAAGAAUACGUAUCCACGAAAAUUGGAAUAAUGGAAGACUUGGAGGAUAUUCGCAUGGAAGCUCUCGAGAAGAAGCGAAAAGCUUUGCUUAAGAAGAAAUCUAAAAAGUAGUGCGUGAUAAUCGCAUAUUAUAGAUGCGUGUAAGAAUGAGAGAAUGGAAGAGUGAUGCAGCUGUGUGUAUAUAUAUAUGUAUAUAUACACGCUAUGAUAAACAUUUAUUACAUAAAUAUAUAUUUAUAAAAGCGCUUGAGUGAUGAAAUAUUUUCAUAUUUAUAAAAAUUGUUCCAGAAUACCGCGCGAGAAGACAAUACAUUAUUAGCGCGCGGUUUUCGUAAAGUUUUGUUUCUCUAGAUUCUUGUCUAACGCACGGCUUUUUUUUUAAUACAAUCGAUAGAGCUUUGCAAGGGAGGGGGUAAAUGAAGCAAGGUGGAGAAAAAGAAAUUAGGCAAACGAAAAGUAACAGACUUUACAUUUCAGACUGUGAUUUGCCUUGAGAAGUUUUGCCGUAUACCUCAGUUUUUGACACGGCCAUUUUAUUUUUUUUAUUUUUUGUUUGUUUAUCUUUUCUGCUUUAUUUGGUUAAGCAGAAAAGAUAUUGUCAUAAAUAAAUACCUUCAAUGUUCAUCAUCGAUCAGAGAAAGAUACUGUAUAACAGAACGGCUAAGGUUCGAAUUUAUUUUAGCUACUUAUUUUCCUUUAAAUAGAAAUUUUUCAAACCUCUUGCUCCAUUUGAUUGAUCUGAUCUUAAAAUUGCUUAAUUUACGUUUUGCUUCUGUAAAAUUACAAAGAAACUGCGACGAAUAAAACACUGCCGCUUAAAAUAUUCUUCGUCGCCUCUAAGUCAUUAUUAAUAAUUAAUGAAGGAAUAGACAUUGUAAAUAUGCGUGCAAUAAGCCAACGUAUAAUUACCAAUUAAUUGUUAAGUGAUUUCUUUAAAAAAUCGACUUUCGUCUAGUGUUUUCAAACAUGGCUGUUAAUUCGAUCAAGCUCAUAAAUUGUCGGUGAACAUUGUUAGUGCUUGAUACAAGUAAUUCUAUAACAUGAUUAAUAUUGUUCUUGAGAUACGGUUUAUAUAAAUACAUUACUAUAAUAUUUC